CAAUAACGAAAAAAAGUUAUGGAGACCUAUGGUAAGAGCAAGGGAGACGAGAAUCCUCAUGUGCAGCUGGAAUAUAAACCACUGAUGGUGUUAGAUAAUGGUGACACCUACGACGGCCAGUGGAAUAAAGUCACUGACUUGCCUCAUGGAAAGGGCACGUCGACUUUGGCUGAUGGGACAGAGUACGAGGGAGACUGGAAGAAUGGUAAACGAAAUGGACAAGGAACUGAAACUUUCUCAAGCGGAGACUCUUAUGAAGGAGAAUAUAAGAAUGGUAGAAAACAUGGAAAAGGAAAGUACACUUGGGCUAAUGGAAGAGUGUAUGAAGGAGACUUUAAAGCCGGUUAUAUGAAUGGCUUUGGGACAAUGUGGUACUCAGACGGAGACAAGUACGAGGGAUUCUGGGCAAAUAAUAUGAAGAAUGGGAAGGGAACUAUGACUUACAAUGAUGGAAGAAAAUUUGUGGGACUGUGGGAGAACGAUGAAAGAAAAGAAGGACAGUUUGUGGAGAAGGAAGAGGAGAAAGAGAGUGUCGGAAAGGAAGAGGACCGGAAGGUUGGAGUUACUCAAGGUCAGAAAACUCCAAAAAUUUCAAAGAAGAAGAGUAAAAAACCUAAAGUUGUUGAAGAAGGAGCUGAAGGAUAUGAAGGAGGUAUGGUAUGGUGCGGAUGGAUUUGCUGCGGAAAAGGUAAAAAGGUAAGCAAAUAAUUGUAACUGUUGA